ACUCGCUGCAACACGUCUUGUCAACCUUGCAGUUUACGCGUGGCCCAGGGAGACAGUGACAGGCUAGUGAAAGAGGUUGGAGUAGCUGGAUGUAAAGGCAAAAUAAUCGAAAUUCUAAAUUGUACAUAUCAGUGGAUUUUAAGGCAAUCCAAUAAGAGUGGACGUUGAAGUGAAAUUUAUGUUCCAAUCGGGAACUCUUCCCUCAACAUGAGGGGCCGUCAAUGAUUCAGGCAUUGAACAAACAUGUUGCGAAGUUCCAUAUCCUUAUUUUAAGUAUUGGGUUAGAGCACUCAGCGCAAUUACGCACGGCAUCAUAAUGGUUUCAUUUUUGGAUAGACGUGCCCCUGCGUUGUUCCUCGUAUGGGGCUACUGCGUCCUGGCGGACACAGUAUUUUCUAACUUUACCCUGGACAAUGAGGUCCACUCGAGUUUCAUCCACCGGCGGCUGAAAAGCCAGGAGCGCAGGGAGAUGCAGCGGGAAAUCCUUUCGAUACUCGGGCUCCCACAUCGGCCGCGACCGCAUCUCCACGGGAAGCACAACGCCGCCCCAAUGUUCAUGAUGGACCUGUACAAUGCCAUGUCCACAGAGGGGGAAGAGGACGCGUACUCCUAUCCAUACAAACCCGUCUUCACCACCCAGGGGCCGCCGAUAGCAACUCUACAGGACAACAACUUGCUAAACGACGCAGACAUGGUUAUGAGCUUUGUCAAUUUAGUGGAGCACGAUAAGGAGUUUCUCUCGGUUCGGCGGCACCACAGAGAGUUUCGUUUCGACCUAUCACGUAUCCCCGAUGGGGAAGCGGUCACCGCUGCAGAGUUCCGCAUCUAUAAGGACUUCAUCCACGAGCGCUUUGAGAAUGAGACCUUCCGCAUCAGUGUCUACCAGGUGCUGAAGGAACACAACGACAGGAAGUCGGACCUGUUUCUGUUGGACUCGCGGGUCAUCUGGGCGGCUGAGGAGGGGUGGCUGGUGAUUGAUGUGACAUUGACCAGUAACCACUGGGUUCUGAAUCCUGGACACAACCUGGGCCUGCAGCUGGCUCUGGAGAGCACUGCCGGUGAGAGUGUGAACCCGCGGAUGGCAGGGCUGAUCGGCCUCAGUGGUCCUCAGAAUAAACAGCCCUUCAUGGUGGCCUUCUUCAAAGCCACAGAGGUGCACCUGCGCAGCAUCCGCUCAGCACCAGGGGGCACCAAACAACGCAACCCCAACCGCUCCAAAGGGGCCAACAAGGGCCAGGAGGCACUCCGAGUGACCAACAUCGCAGAGAACAGCAGUGCUGAUCAGAAGCAGGCAUGCAAGAAACACGAGCUCUAUGUCAGCUUCAGAGACCUGGGGUGGCAGGACUGGAUCAUAGCUCCAGAGGGCUAUGCAGCUUAUUACUGUGAGGGAGAGUGUGCCUUCCCUCUCAACUCCUACAUGAAUGCCACUAACCACGCCAUCGUGCAGACACUAGUCCACCUAAUAAACCCAGACACCAUUCCUAAGCCCUGCUGUGCUCCCACCCAGCUCCAUGCCAUCUCAGUGCUCUACUUUGACGACAGCUCCAAUGUCAUCCUCAAGAAGUACCGCAACAUGGUGGUCAGAGCCUGUGGCUGCCAUUAGACUACAGCCAACCUCGAACCCUCACAACACACACACACAUUCCUGCCUCUAAAUAACCCUCAACGCACGUGACUUUCAUCUAGAGACUUGAAUGGACACAUGAAUGAACUACAUGUCCUAGAGUGCCUUGCCGUGCUGCUGGAUAGGAGCUACAUGAGGACUGGCAGACAAUCAUGAUUAUUGAGUCCAACUUGGAGCACACACAACCCCCCCCCCCCCACACACACACACUCUGUGCUUUCUACUGUGUAUGAGACAUUUUAAGCAGUGAUUGUAUAGUAAUACACAGUCAACAAUAUUUUGUUAAUGUCAAUAUGUUUUCUGUGUAGUUAAAGGUGUUUUUCUAGAUAUUUUUGAUCUAUAUAGUUUUUGUAUGCUUUUUAUGACUGAAGGACUAGGCUUUAGGAAGUGUGGAUGCUCUAUGGACUUUUCAUGUACAUUACUGUGUAAAUAGUUUUUCAAACAAAGAGAAGCGUAUUUAUUUCCUGGUCUUGGGAAUGUUAAGGGUAGGUUCAAUGUUUCUCCUCUGUACUCCAGUGUCUACAUGUACUGUAUGUCCUGCACAGUACAGUGUUAAAUCUAUCAUCAGUACGGACCUAUCAUUACACUCUUGUCAUGGGAAACAACUCUGCCCUUGCCUCUCCAUAUCCCAAACAUUGUCUUAAUGUUACUCUGAUGUCAUACGCACACUAGUGUAUUGACUCAGAUAUAGAAAGAAAAUGGAUAGUUCUCUUUAGAAAAAACGACAUAUGCAUUAAUAUAGCUCUGUUUAUAAGCCAGGGUUAAACAAGUGUCACACAAGUCAUUGAGAAACAAUAAUACAGAGGGUUUCAGAAAAACAGACGAAGGGGGAUUGAGAGAGAUAGAUAUGUGUAUCUGUGUUCCAGGUCAUUUUAGGAUGAACUGUUUUUCUAUCCUCUGCCGUGAAGUCUACCUUAUUUAAGAGGACUAUUUAUUGAGAGCCGAGAAGGCCGGUAUUCUCUGCCAACGCAGCAUCUUAUUAACUCACAAAAGUCUUUGUUUUACUGCAAAACUGGUUCAAGAAAAUGGGAGGAAGCAUCACUGACUUUCUGGUGUCGGGUUUCUUUUCCCUAACCAACAGCACACUUUCCUCUCAUCUCUCCUCUUUGCGUUCUAUCCUUUCUCGUCUUUCCUCACCUCUCUCACUGCUCUCCCCUCUCUUCACUUUCCUCUCUCCUCUCCCCCCUCUCCUCUCCCCUCUCUCCCCUCUCCUCCUCACCCCUCUCCUAAAUAGCGUUUCAAUCGGUGACGUCACUUGCUCUGAGACCUUGAAGUAGUUGUUCCCCUUGCUCUGCAAGGGCUGCGGCUUUUGUGGAGCGAUUGGUAACGAUGCUUCGUGGGUGACUGUUGUUGAUGUGUGCAGAGGGUCCCUGGUUCGCGCCCGGGUAUGGGCGAGGGGACGGUCUAAAGUUAUACUGUUACACUAGCUAUUAGCUACUAGCUUUGUUAUGUUUUGGUAGCGGAGCACUGGAUAAUUAUAGCUAGUUGGCUAAGCUUUGAUCAGCAUGAAUAUCUGAAAAUGGCUGGGCAUCAUUUUGAGUGUGAUGCCAAGCUCACCGAGCAGUCUGCAGACCUGGCCACUGAGGUUGAGGGGCCUAGCAUUAAAUGUAAUACCCGCCCAACCCCCCACGCCGUCUGCUGACCAACAUGAUCGAAAAGAGG